AUGGCGUCUCAUAUGCUUCGUCCGUUGGCCUCGUCCGCGGUUCCAGCCUCAGCUACAGAGCUGUGCGCUUCGAGCUUCUUUCUGCAGAAGCAAUUGAAAGGUUAUAAAGUUCAAGAUGGUCUUCUCUCUCGUCGCAAACAAUGGCACAGCACCUUUGGAGCUUCCCGCCAGCGCGCACUCGUCGCAGAGAUCGCCAAGCCUCUCUCUCUGAUCCAACAUGUUUCUACGACUACGCCGCCUCGCAAAUAUUCUACCGUAGUCCUCCCCAAAACAACUCCAUAUGAGAACCUUGUCGUCGGUGUCCCUGUUGAGAUCUUUCCUGGCGAACGACGUGUGGCUGUUACACCUGCCAAUGUUGCUGUCCUCAAGAAAAAGGGCUUCAAACAAGUCAUUGUCGAACGUAGUGCUGGUACCCAUGCUGAUUUUCUCGAUGCUGCUUAUGAAAAAGCUGGCGCAACUCUUGUCAAUGGUCCUAGAGAAGUCUGGUCCAACUCCGAUAUUGUCCUCAAAGUCCGCGGUCCUGGUCUUGAAGAAGUUGACUCCAUGAAAGAGGGUCAGACUAUCAUUUCCUUCCUUCAGCCCUCUCAGAAUAAAGAACUCGUCGAAAAGAUUGCCGCCAGAAAGGCGACCAGCUUCGCCAUGGACAUGAUUCCCCGUAUCUCUCGUGCUCAGGUCUUUGAUGCUCUCAGCAGUAUGGCCAAUAUUGCUGGCUACAAAGCUGUUCUCGAAGCUUCAAACGUCUUUGGUCGAUUCCUCACUGGACAGGUUACUGCUGCCGGCAAGAUUCCUCCUUGCAAGGUUUUGGUUAUUGGUGCUGGCGUUGCCGGUCUAAGUGCUAUUGCUACUGCUCGUCGUAUGGGAGCCAUUGUUCGUGGCUUCGAUACCCGACCUGCUGCUCGCGAACAGGUUCAAUCUCUUGGUGCUGAGUUCAUUGAAGUCGAAAUUCAAGAAGAUGGUUCUGGCGCUGGUGGUUAUGCCAAAGAAAUGAGCAAGGAAUUUAUUGAAGCUGAAAUGAAGCUCUUUAAAGACCAAGCCAAAGAAGUAGACAUCAUCAUCACCACUGCAUUGAUCCCUGGAAGACCUGCCCCGAAACUGCUCAAGAACGAUAUUCUCGAUGUCAUGAAACCUGGAAGUGUCAUUGUUGAUUUGGCUGCUGAAGCUGGAGGUAACUGCGAAGCCACCAAGAAAGGAGAGCUGUCCAUCUACAACGACGUCAAAGUCAUUGGAUACACUGAUCUGCCCUCUCGUUUGCCUACCCAGUCGUCAACUCUGUACUCCAACAACAUCACAAAGUUCCUGCUUUCAAUGACCCCUGAACCCAAGGCUUUCGGUAUUGAUCUUACGGACGAAGUUGUACGCGGUGCCAUCGUAACUCAAGACGGAGAUAUCAUUCCUCCUGCUCCCCGCGCAGCACCCCCACCUCCUCCCGCAAAGGCUGAGACAACAGAAGCAACUCCCGCACCUGUAGAACUGACUCCCUGGCAAAAGAAGACCCGUGAAGUUGCUGGUGUUACUGCAGGUAUGGGUAGCAUGUUGGCUCUCGGAAAAUGGACCAGCCCUCUUCUCAUGUCUAACGCUUUUACCUUUGCUCUGGCCAGUCUUAUUGGAUAUCGUGCUGUUUGGGGUGUUGCUCCGGCGCUUCACUCCCCUCUGAUGAGCGUCACCAACGCCAUUUCUGGAAUGGUUGGUAUUGGUGGUUUGUUCAUUCUCGGUGGUGGAUUCCUUCCUGAGACGAUUCCCCAAGCUUUUGGUGCCCUGAGUGUUUUGCUGGCGUUUGUCAACGUUGGUGGUGGUUUCGUUAUCACCAAGCGUAUGCUGGAUAUGUUCAAGCGACCUACUGAUCCCCCUGAGUACCCCUGGCUCUACGCUGUUCCCGCCGUACUCUGUGGUGGUGGUUUCGUGGCCGCCGCUUCAACCGGUGCUGCUGGUCUCGUUCAGGCCGGCUACCUCGUCAGCUCUGUUCUCUGCAUCAGUUCCGUCUCAAGUCUUGCUUCCCAGGCCACUGCCCGUAUGGGUAACGCCCUUGGUAUUCUUGGUGUGGGCACAGGUGUUUUGGCCAGUCUACUUGCUGCUGGCUUCACCCCUGAGGUUCUCACCCAGUUUGGUGGUCUUGCUGCUCUCGGUACCCUUGCUGGUAUGCUCAUUGGCAAGCGAAUCACUCCUACCGAUCUCCCCCAGACUGUUGCCGCUCUUCACUCUGUUGUUGGUCUCGCCGCUGUUUUGACCAGUAUUGGUAGUGUCAUGGCAGAUGUCAUGGAUCCUUCAACCCUUCACCUUGUAACGGCUUACCUUGGUGUUUUCAUUGGUGGUAUCACAUUUACCGGAUCAAUUGUCGCAUUCAUGAAACUUGCUGGCAGAAUGUCAUCCAAGCCAAAGAUGCUACCUGGAAGACAUAUCAUCAACUCGGGUCUUCUUGCAACCAACGCAGCUACCAUGGGUGCUUUUAUCACCAUGGCACCAGGAAGCCCCUUGAUUGCAGCUGGAGCGCUUGCAGGAAACGCCGCAUUAAGUUUCAUCAAGGGAUACACAACCACUUCUGCAAUUGGUGGUGCUGACAUGCCUGUUGUCAUCACUGUCUUGAACGCUUACAGUGGCUUUGCUCUUGUCGCUGAAGGCUUCAUGCUUGAGAAUCCCCUUUUGACCACGGUUGGAGCCCUGAUCGGCGUUUCUGGUUCCAUUCUUUCGUACAUUAUGUGUGUUGCCAUGAACCGAUCACUCACAAACGUUCUGUUUGGAGGUUUGGGUACGCCGACUCAAGUCCAAGAAUACAAGCCCCAGGGAGAAGUCACCCAAACAUCUGUAGAUGACCUCGCAGAUGCACUUCUCAACUCCGAAAAGGUCAUUCUCAUCGUCGGUUAUGGUAUGGCCGUCGCCAAGGCUCAGUACGCCAUCUCGGACAUCGUCUCUACCUUGCGAUCCAAGGGCAUCACUGUCCGAUUUGCCAUCCAUCCUGUCGCAGGACGCAUGCCUGGCCAGUGUAACGUCCUCCUCGCCGAGGCUAGCGUACCGUAUGAUAUCGUCCUGGAGAUGGAUGAGAUCAAUGAUGAUUUCCCCGAUACCGAUUUGGCUGUUGUCAUUGGUGCUAACGAUACUGUCAACCCCAUUGCUCUGGAAAAGGGUAGCUCGAUCGAGGGUAUGCCUGUGCUCCACGCCUGGAAGGCCAAGCAAGUUGUCAUUAUGAAGAGAGGCAUGGCCAGUGGUUAUGCCGAUGUUCCCAACCCCAUGUUUUACAUGCCCAACGCAAAGAUGUUGUUUGGAGAUGCUAGAGUGUCAUGUGAAGCUAUCAAAUCUGCAAUUGAAGCAAAGUCGUAA